AUGAGUUCCUUUCGUUUUUACAGUCUUUCGCUGAUUAUUUCAAGCCUGGCAUUCGCUGCUGAGAUCGCUCAGAUAUCCUUCGCCGGCCUAUCUUACACUCCUUUGACCUCUCUCCAUUAUCCACAGCAAGGAUGGAAGGCUUCCUUUGACUUCAGUAUCGGUCAAUCUGUCUCGACAGGUGACUUCUUCGAGUUAUCGAUGCCACAUGUGUAUCGAUUGAAGUUCGACAACGAUGAGUCCACCAUGACUGCACAGCUAAGCGACGGGACUCAGGCUUUCAAAUGCUACGUUACGCAACAAGCUGCCUAUUUAUAUGAGGAUACAGUAUUCAGAUGUGAGGCCACCACAGAUCUCUCAGCUGCUGUUUCUGGAUCGAUGUCUUUUUCUUUAAGCUUCAGCAAUGGUGGAUCUGCAUAUAAAUAUGAGCUGCAAAAUGCUCAAACUUUCCACGCAGGUGUCAAUGAGGUGCAGUUGAGUGAUAAAAUGUCAGCUCCCAUCAAUUUCGAUGCCUACGACUUCAAUGGCGAUAUUUAUACAAUUGGGCGCAGCACGACUUAUAACAAGUUUGAAAGUUACUAUCUGGGAAUGAAGUGUGCAGACGGAUAUUUGCUUGGGGGAACUCAAACCAUCAACUACGAUAAUCUGGGCAAAAACUUUGCUCUCGACUGUUCAUCCGCUCAAGUUUACCUGUCAGAUAAUUUCAAUGAUUGGUUUUUGCCCGUUGCUUAUGAAAAAGCUUACGCAAAUAUAACAUGUUCUGCUAACAGCUUGCAAGUUAGCUUGAAUGAAGCUAAGCCCAAGGAAUCGCUAUGGAUCAAUGCUCUACAGUCUGUAGCUCAAGGGAUCAACACAAUUCAGCAUGAUGUCCAUUUGAUAUAUUCUUGCUCCAAUACUUUGCAGAAAACAGUUCAAACAAAGGAGCUACAUACCAUCGUUGAGUACACAAUUUAUCAGGGAACGGCGGCCGCAACCUUGUCUGGAACGAGCAACCAGCAGGUACCUACUUCGACGAAGUCGUGCUCAAAAUGUACCGCAGCCUCAAGUGAUGCAAGCACUCAAACGACUGGUACAUGCUCACAAUAUAGUGACAGCUUAAUGACGUCGUCGAGUAAAAGCGGUACAUCAUCAGAGUCAUGUUCGUCACCUCUGCGAAGCAGUUCAGUUAUCACCGACCAUACGACUCCCUGUACUGUCUGUCAUUCUUCAGAAAUGAUGUCAAGUAGUAGUGGAGCCUCUACGAGCUCAACCAUUUCCUCGCCGAGUUCGAGACCUGCUUCAUUAAGCACAAGCACUCCUUCUACGAGUUCAACCGUCACCUCGGCAACAGGAACAACCUCGUCAAAUCUAAGCUCAGCUCCGUCUACUACAUCGAUCAGCUCAAUCAAAAUAACGUCAUCAAGCUCAUUCCUAACAACUUCAAGCACUUCACCAACAAGCUUUUUCUCUUCAAACACAAACGUUCUCUCAUCAAGUACCAAAACAAGUUCAGCAAUCAGCAGGACAUCCUCGACGGAUAUAAGCUCCAAUUCAUUGAUUACUUCGUCAAGCACAAACAUCUCUUCGUCAAGCACAAACAUCUCUUCAUCGAGUACAGGCAUCCAUUCCUCGAGCGGCGAGCGGCCUUCGUCAAUGUCAAAUAAUACAAGCGCACAUUCAUCAAGCACUGAAACCUCUACUCUAAAUUCAAGUACUGCUUCGCAGAGUAUAGGCACUUUUUCAUCAAGCGCGAGCCCUCCGCCUGUGAGCUCGGCUAGUUAUUUCACUACUGUCUUUUCUUCCUCUGGAACCGAAGCAACAUCUUCAGGAUCAAGCUCACCUUCAAGCUCAAACAGUUCUCCAUCAAGCACCAGAAAUUCGCUGACAUCCUUGUCCAGUCUGUCCUCGUCAAGUAUCACGUCGCUGAGUACCGGAGUUGUGAACACAUCAUUCAUAUAUUCUUGGCCUUCAAGCCCCGUCUCAUCAAUACCGUUCACAUCUUCGUCAAGCAUCCUACCAUCAUUUUUUUCCUUAACUUCAACGAUAUCAUCACAGGGCACUGCGCCAUCGGAUAGCUCAGCAAUUUCAAUUUCGACAUCAUGCUGGACAUCGCUUGAUUCAAGUUGUACAACCGAAACCUCCAUGGCUUCUGACACGAAAUUUUAUACAGUUGAAACAAUUAGUUGUUCUCAUUGUGAUGCCUCUUCGAUCUCCGUAAGCGAUUCGGGACUAUUCCCUCAGAGUAGAACGACUACCAGUUUGAUUGUGAGCAGUAUAGGGGGCGCUAACAUAUCCCACUUUGCUAGCUGUACCAAUUGUCCCGCAAGUACCGCAACACAGUUCAUGGGUACAGGGACCUCAAGCGAUCUUCAAUUAUUAACAACAACAACUACUUCUGAAACGGAUACUAUAAAUCCAAGUCAAAAUAUUCCUCCUGAACUACAGAGCUCGAGAGACACUGGCUCGGUCUCUAGCGACCGGGGGUUGGUAGUGUCGUCCCCCGUAUGGACUGGUGAUGUUAUCACCACCGAAAUCUUUCAGAUGGGAACAACUAGCACGAAAAAUGACACAACUAUUUUGGAGACAUCCCUGAUUACUAUCGUGUCCUCCAAGUCGCACACCAAACCAGUAUCGUUACAACCUACGCCUCUGGUGUCCGAAAGCUCAUCAUCGGUAUAUGAGGGAGCGGCCUUCUGCUACGGAGAGGAACGAAGAAACACAGCUUUCUUAGCGCUGUUGCUUCUGAUGUUAUUGUAA